AUGUCAGAUAAAGCGGAGCUUUUGUACAAACUAUUUCACAAACUCGGCCUGCGAUACAAGGUCGUUAAACACCCAAAAUUGGUGUCGGUCAAGGAUAUGCUGGAGGAGCCAUCGUUGAGCCUAAUUAAGGACGAUUUCAUCAGGAAUUUGUUCAUGCUGGACUCCUCAAAACGUUAUUACCUAAUUUCAGCACUCCACGAUACUGAAGUAAAUUGGAAGAUUUUGAGGAAGACGUUGAAAGUUAACAAGUUACACAUGGGAGAAGAGUCGGAAAUGGAAAGUUUGCUGGGAGUAUCAAGAGGAUCACUGUCACCGUUCUGUGUGAUGAAUGACACAGAGAACAAGGUGGACGUGCUGUUUGAUAUUAGACUCAAGAAUAAAAAUCAAGUGGUGGCACACCCACUGACAAACGACGAAUCAGUGGUGAUGAACAUGGAGGACAUGCUAAAGUUCCUGAGUGAAAUGAACCACAAGCCGAAGUUCGUGGCACUAAACGACGAGGACUGCGCAAAAACAGUAGAUUUCAUAGACAGAAGCCCAAGAGAAGGAGAUGGGAGUAAGCAGCCAACAGGAAAGAAAGGAGACCUUAAUAUACUGGGAAUAACAGUAAAGAAGGAAGAAAACUUUCCAGAAUGGUAUGCACAGGCGAUCAUAAGAGGAGAGAUGAUAGACUACUAUGAUAUCUCAGGCUGCUACAUACUCUUGCCAGCGAGCUACUACGUGUGGGAGUGUUUCAACCAGUGGCUGAAUAAGGAGCUUAAAAAGAGAGGAGUCGAUAACUGCUAUUUCCCAAUGUUCGUGACGAAGGACAAGCUCGAGGUGGAAAAGUCGCACCUGGAGGGCUUCAGCCCGGAGGUGGCCUGGGUGACCAAGUACAGCGACAUGGACCUGCAGGAGCCAAUAGCAAUCAGGCCGACGAGCGAGACGAUCAUGUACCCGGAGUUCUCGAGGUGGAUACGGAGCCACAGAGACCUGCCGCUUAAGCUGAACCAGUGGAACUCGGUGGUGCGCUGGGAGUUUAAGCAGCCUACGCCGUUCAUAAGGAGCAGGGAGAUACUGUGGCAGGAGGGCCACACGGCGCACACGACUGAGAAGGAGGCCCUGGAAACAGUCUACGACAUGCUUGACCUGUACAGCCGAUUCUACGAAGAACAUUUGGCAGUUCCAGUGAUCAAGGGCAUAAAGACGGAGAAUGAAAAGUUCCCAGGAGGAAAAAUUACAACGAGCGUGGAGACCUUUAUAACGGCAAACGGGAGAGGAGUGCAGGCAGGAACGUCGCACCUGCUGGGAACUAACUUCGCAGAAAUGUUCGACAUCAAGUUCGAAGACGAAGAGGGGGUUAAAAAACCAGUGCAUCAAACGAGUUGGGGAGUGAGCACGAGAAGCAUAGGAGUGAUGCUGAUGGUGCACGGAGACAACAAAGGGCUGGUGAUACCGCCGAGAGUGGCUAAGUUGCAAGUGGUAAUAGUGCCAAUAUUCGGAAAAAACGUAGAUCACGAGCAAGUAGAAAACAAAGUGAACGAGAUCCUUAAGUUGCUACUGGAAGCAGGAUUCAGAGCGAAGUUGGACGAUAGAAAAGGAUACACGCCAGGGUACAAGUAUAACCACUGGGAGCUGAGAGGAGUGCCGCUGAGAGUGGAAGUGGGAACCAAGGACCUGGAAAACAACACGUGCAGACUAGUGAGAAGAGACACGAGUGAAAAGAUGGACGUGCCGGUGGGUGACCUGGAGAGCACGGUGGCAAGGCUCCUGGAGGAGAUCCAAGCGAACCUGCUGGAAGUUGCGAGGAAGAGGCUCAACGAAAGCACAGUGAGGGCAUACAACAUGGAAGAGGUGAUGGAAGCAUUGAACAAAGACAAGCUGAUACUGGCGCCAUGUAGUUGCGAUAGUGUUUGUGUAAUGGAGAAUGAUGCCGUGAUUAGGUGUGAGGAACCUGCGACUGAAGAGGAGAUCAAGCUGGAGACUCAGAAGAGAUCAGCAAAUAAUCCAGGCGGAAGAACAGGAGCAAUGAAGAGCCUGUGUGUUCCACUGGAACAGCCAGAACUGCCAGAAGGAACAAAGUGCUUCUGGACAGGAAAACCAGCCAAAAAAUGGGUGCUAUGGGGAAGAAGUUACUAG